CGACAAAUUAACACUUCACGGCUUGCUCUCUCUGACCUGAUGCUUUCCCCGACCUAUCUCAAUACAUUAUAUUCAUAUUUGCAUUGGGGAUAUGUUGAGGAGCCGAAGGGCCAGCUCCAUUAAAUAGGUUUGCGUUGGAACUGGGUGGCAGUCGCAAUGCCCCGCGAUACAACUAUGCAAGGCGACGUGGAAGCGCCAGCCUCGGCUAGCUGCUCCUAUGGAGUUGGGUUUCAGGAACUGACCAGCGCGAAUGAGGUCGAGGACAUGGAAUUUUACGAAAGGGUUGGAAAGGCUGAGGGACUCGCCCGAUUAUUAUCAAGCUCAGUCGAGUCAGGCCUGAACCCUGACCCCGGUUCCACCGGCCCUGAUUCAGUAGCAGAGCAUAGAAGAGUGUUUGGUGCAAACACUUACAGGGAGGCACCUCCAAAGAACUUCUUUGCGCUGGUAUGGGAGGUGGUGCAAGAUCCCAUUCUUAUACUGCUUAUCCUGGCAGCAUUGGUGUCCACAGUCCUGGGCUCUGCUAUUCCGGAGGAAAGAAAGAAUAAACACUGGAUAGAGGGGGUGGCCAUCUGGGUGGCUGUUAUCGUCGUCACGCUAGUGGGCGCCGGAAAUGACUACUCCAAAGACCUGCAAUUCCGUAAACUCAACGCGCUCAAAGACAAGAUCAAGAUCAAGGUCAUUCGCGGUGGGGACCUGACGCUUGUGGACAACACCGAUAUCGUGGUGGGCGAUGUGGUGUUCCUAGACACGGGUGACAAGGUGGUGGCGGACGGCCUAGUCAUACGCUCCGAGGACCUCACCUUGGACGAGGCGUCGCUCACGGGCGAGUCGGAGCCGGUGAAGAAGGACACUCGCAGCGCUCCAUGGGUCAAGUCGGGAACCAAGGUCACGCAGGGCAGUGGUCACGUCCUGGUCACUGCGGUUGGCGAGCACAGCGAGUGGGGCCGCACACUGGCGCUCGUCGCCGAGGCGGGUGACGAGGAAACGCCGCUGCAGGCGAAGCUGGAAGUGCUGGCGGUAGCAAUUGGCAAGAUCGGCUUCGCGGUGGCAGUGUGCUGCUUCAUCGCUCAGCUCAUAAAGUGGUGUGUCGUGAACCGCGGCUUCCCCAUCAAGAAGAUCAACGACAACGGCCCCAUCCAGUUCUUCCUGUACGCCAUCACCAUCAUCGUGGUGGCGGUGCCAGAGGGGCUGCCGCUGGCGGUCACCAUAAGCCUGGCCUACUCCAUGAAGAAGAUGCUCAAGGACAACAACUUUGUCCGUGUGCUGUCGGCCUGCGAGACCAUGGGCGGCGCCACCGCCAUCUGCUCCGACAAGACCGGCACCCUCACGGAGAACCGCAUGACGGUGGUGGAGGGCUGGUUCGGGGGGCGCAAGUACGACACCGCUCCCAGCAGCACCGACCUGCACCCCGUGCUGCUGCAGGAGCUGGUCAUGAACUGCGCACUCAAUUCCAAGGCUACCUUUGAGAUCAAGCCCGAUGGCAAGAUGGAGUUCACGGGCAACGGCACGGAAUGUGCGCUGCUGCUACUGCUGCACCGCAACUUUGAUGUGGACUACAAGGCGGUGCGACACCAGCACGAGAAGAACAUGGUCAAGAUGUACGGCUUCUCCUCCGCCAAGAAGAUGGCCUCCGUGCUCAUUCGCCUGUCGGACCGCCUGCGCCUGUACAACAAGGGAGCAGCGGAGUGGGUGCUGGCGCGCUGCACCAAGCUGCAAACCGAGUCUGGCGCUGUUGAGAUGACGCCGCUGGUUCGCGAGUCGCUGCUGGGAGUCGUGACAGCCAUGGCCAAGCGCGGCCUGCGGUGCAUCUGCCUGGCGCAUGCGGACUUCCCGCUGGAGGAUCCGAACAGGGCCGCAGACUUCUUCGAGUCCUCGGACAACGUGGACGCCAACCUGACGUGUGUGGGGCUGGUGGGCAUCAAGGACCCGGUGCGACCCGAGGUGCCGGCGGCGGUGGCGACUUGCAAGCGAGCGGGCAUCACCGUGCGCAUGGUCACAGGUGACAACAUCCACACGGCUCAGCACAUUGCACGGGAGUGCGGCAUUCUGUACGAACUCAUCCCAACAGCAUCUGGAGCUGGCGGGGUCACGGAGCUGAGGGCCAUGGAGGGACCGGCCUUCCGGGAGAUGAUCAAGGACCCCGCCUUUGUGGAGCUGCGGCGGCUCAUGAACGAGGGUGACAAGGCGGCCCUGCAGCAGCUGAGGGACAAGAUCAACCACGUGCGGGUGCUGGCCCGCUCCUCACCCGAGGACAAGCUGCAGCUCGUGCGGCUGCUCAAGGAGAUGGGCGAUGUGGUUGCAGUGACGGGCGACGGCACCAACGACGCGCCCGCCCUCAAGGAGAGCGAUGUGGGACUGGCCAUGGGCAUGACGGGCACGGAGGUGGCCAAGGAGGCUGCCGACAUCAUCAUCCUGGACGACAACUUCUCCUCCAUCGUCAAGUCUGUGCUGUGGGGCCGCGCGGUGUUUGCAAACAUCCGCAAGUUCCUGCAGUUCCAGCUGACGGUGAACCUGGUGGCCCUUGUGACCGCCUUCGUGGGUGCGGUGGCGGGCGGGCACGAGCCGCUCAACAUCCUGCAGCUGCUGUGGGUGAACCUAAUCAUGGACACCAUGGGCGCCCUCGCCCUCGCCACGGAGGACCCGCACCCCGCCCUGCUGCUGCAGCGCCCCAACGGCCGCACCGAGUACCUCAUCAACUGGCGCAUGUGCAAGCACAUUGCCGUACAGGGCUCCUACCAGAUCCUCUUCAUGUUCCUCUGCCUCUACCUGCUGCCCACCGGGCCCAAGGGUUUGGAGCAGUACAAGGUGCACACUCGGCCCUACUACUACAACCUCAACUGUGCUGAGAAGGCCAGGGACGCCCUGCCCGGCCGAGUCAACAUCACAACCGCCAACCUCGACUCCGCAGCAGACUUUUCCUGCAACGUGUUGACGUCAUGCGGGCUGCCGUACACUACGAACAUCACCACCUCCCCCUGCGUGCUGGCCGACCCAUGGGUCGCUGCGGGGAUGAGAAUGCCUUCGGAUCGCGGCGAGGCGGUUUGCAUGGGGCCAUUCGGCUUCAAUACGACAAACUGUGACCUCAACGACUGGGUGCAGGCGGUUGAGUCGCGGCUGGAUGACGACUUCAAGACCUACGAGGAGGACGAGUACAAGCGGCCGCUGUCGGUGCUGUUCAACAUCUUCAUCUGCACUCAGGUUGCCAACGAAAUCAACUCCCGCCGCAUCAACGACGAGUACGGCAUCUUUAGCGGUUUCUUCAACAACUGGAUCUUCCUGGCGGUCAUUGCGAUAACGAUGGGGUUGCAAGCCAUCAUUAUCAACUUCCUAGGCAUCUUCUUCAGGGUGGUGUCGCUCAACUGGCAGGAGUGGCUGGUGUCUCUGGCCAUCGGGGCGGGCGCCUGGCCGCUCAGCCUCCUCACGCGCUUCAUUUCCAGGAACCUCCCUUGCUGUGCGGCCUUCGAGGCGCAGCUGCCUCCGGAAAUCGACGACCCAGCGCUGCUCUCCGCCUCCCACGCAUCGCCCUCAGCAGCAGGCGACCUCAGUGAGAAGGCGAUAAACUCCGGUGUUGCGCCUGCCGUAAGUCCGCAGGCCGCCGCCAAUGGUCUCAGUAAGGGCCAGCAGGUUGCUGGUGGCGCAGGUGGGGUUGGCAAUGGUCAUGCCAACGGAGGCCUAGCGUACUUGAAACCCAUGGACCUAGAAUCAGGGAACAUCAAAAAGCUGUGAGAGUGGUUGGGGGCACAAGCGGAUGGUGGUAAGGAGGCAAAGCUUGGCUAUAAGGCGAAAAACGGUGCGCAUCAUGGAGGGUGACCGUGUGUGACCGUGCGCCACUUGCGGUGACGCUGAUGGCUGUUUGCGUCAGUUCGUGACAGUGUCUACCGUUCGCCGAAGAGCCGGCUACAGGGGUGCCGUGUGGGUUAGAGCUCUUAUUGAGCCUGCUACUUGCUGGCUGCCGGCCGGCAUACACAGCCCAGAGGCCUGCUCGAGUGUUCGUUGUGCAUGAGUGCUCGAGUGCGCCUUGGGGGGGUGGUCGUGGUGGUGGUGGUGGAGGUACCGUAGUUGAAGUGAGGGAAGCGCAAACACGAAGGUGGGAUGUCAUGGAGCUUCUCGGCGUUCGUGCUUGAGUGUAUAUACUUGGCAUUCGGGGUUUUGCGGUCGUUCCUGCCAAGCAUGCGCGUUUGGGUGAAUGGUGACAAUUGCGGGUGUGCCGCCGUGUCUGUUAGGGGCCAACCUUUGGGGUCGGUCGUGUGUCUCGGCUCGGCGGACGCUUCGCAUGAAUCUGGUCGGUCACUGGCGUGAAUUCAAACCGUGGGUUCCUUGCAUAGUUCCGGACCUAAUGUUACAAACCAGCUCGCUUGGAUCUGGUAAAUAACUUAUUGGGAGGUUUGCUCGCCGACUUGCCUGCCUUUGUCUUAAAUUGUUGUGUCUUUUGGUUGGCUGCGUACCGGUGUCAGGGGGGAUAUUAACCUUUUCCCUGCAUCAUCAUAGGAGCUGGCCGCAGAGUGCGAAGCAUCGUGGCAUACACGUGAGUAGCCAGUAGGACGUCGUCUUACUUUGAUAAACAUAGGAGUUAGCGACGUGUGGCUGCGUGCUCCUGUGACCUUACAUGUGUUAACGAGUCUCGUGCCCUCGCAAAUGAGGUUGGCGGACGAGAGUAAUGGCUCGUCCGCUCUAUGGUCACGUAAGGUAAAGUUCCUGUGCUGGGGUCUCGUGGCUGGGGUGUUUCCGAAUGUCCAAUCCAGUGUUUGAGCGAUGCUCGAGGUGUUUUCUUGUGCAGCAUGCCCCACCGUGCAGCAAGGCUUACAGGCCAUGCACUUUUGCUUGAGUGUGGCCUCGCUCAGCGUUCUGCGUGGGAGGGGGAAAAAGAGAACUACUUAAUAUCACGGUUUGUUGACCAGCAAGCAAGUCUGUUGCUUACUUGCUGCUGCUGACGUGCAAGGGAUUUGGCGGAGAUGAGGGGGGACCGCUGGGACUCUCGUGCGUUUGGUGCGCUGAACUUGAUAUUUCGUUUGUGCGCUCCCUUCCCAGCGGACUGCUGCAGGAGGAUGUUUCGGAAUAUCGCGGGAGUCCGAGAGCACAUUGUCACAUGGUAUUCGGUACAUCUCGCCGAUAAAAUGACAAAGCUGGAAAAGCUACAAUUUGGUAUCAAGCCUCGUUAGGGUUACCGCUUAAGUGUUGGUGCUUCGGCCUGAGCGUGUUCGCAGCUAGAAGUGUCCGUUCUGUGGGGGAAGUGUAGGGGCUACACGUUGUUAUGAAUGUUUCGGAAAUGCUGUGCAGAAGGGGCCGCACGACGUUCACGACAACGUCCCUUCCCGAAGUGUGGUGUACGAAUUUAUGAACAUCAUCUUCCGUACAACUCGUACAUCCAAUCUCCAUGUUCCGAGGCCGUUACAGUGAUGGCAUAUGCAGAUGCACCCACGCUAGUAGUGAGACGAACGAGGAUUCGAGAGAUACAUGUCCGACUCAAUCCUGACCCAAACCCCCCUCCCUGAACAGCGCAAAUCCUAUUUGUUGCCAUUGUAACGCAUGCACGUACG